CCGAUAAAGCUCAAGAAGAAGAAGAAGAAGAAGAAACGAGAUGACAGGCGCAUUAGUCACAAAUUUGACAAAGAACAGGUGAGAAGAGGAACGCGGCGGAGAAAUUUUCCAAUGUUUUUGCUACAAAUUGCUGACAUUGGUUCUUCCACCGCUUAAUGCCGCCUGCCUGCUCAACUGUUUGGAGGAAGGUUGCUGUUCAGAUGAGGAGGGCCUGCCUGGUGUCACCCCCCGUUGCUAUGGCAACAUCCUAUCUCCCCAAAUUUCUCCUCCUGCUUCUUAUGUCAUCCUUCACCCUGUUGCUGGUAACCCUAUUGCCCUCUGUCGUCCCGUCGAUUCCCUUCCUUUCCUCCUCCUCCUCCUCCUCCUCCUCUCCUCCCCCCUUGUCUUGGCCGCCUCGUUCAUGUGGUCCAGGUCAGUCCUGGGCCGUCCAGCUCUACGCUGGCUCGCACCCUGCAGAAGAAAAAGAAGACGAUGGUGAACAGAGCUCUUUGCUAUUGGAUUUAAUAGCUGACAGGGUAGCAGAUGAGGCGGGGCUGCAGAACCAGGGCCAGAUUGGACAGCUGCAGGGCCACUACUUGCUGUGUUCCAGAAAGCCCAGUGCGGGAUCUGUGGGGGGUAACUGGAGGAAAAGUGUCCAGCCCGGGGACGUCCUGGCAGCCCACCCCCACGUCCUGUGGCACUCCAAGGAGAGAGUGCUCAGCCGCUCCAAGAGAUCGGUGGCCUUCAACGAUCCCCAAUAUCCUAAACAGUGGCACCUGCACAACAACCUCAAUAAGGGAAUGGAUAUCAACUUGACGGGGGUGUGGGAGCGCGACAUAACGGGCCGAGGAGUCACGGUCGUCGUGGUAGAUGACGGCGUCGAGCACACGCACCAGGACAUUCAGCCCAACUAUAGCCCAGAGGGCAGUUAUGACCUGAACUCCAACGACCCAGACCCGAUGCCUCACCCCGACAUCCACAGCGACAACCACCACGGGACUCGGUGUGCCGGAGAGAUCGCAGCCGUGCCCAACAACAGCUACUGUGCCGUGGGGGUUGCCUACGGCAGCAAGGUGGCAGGUAUCAGAGUCCUGGAUGGCCCGCUGACUGAUAGCCUGGAGGCCAUAGCCUUCAACAAGCACUACCAGGUCAAUGACAUCUACAGCUGCAGUUGGGGUCCAGAUGAUGACGGACGAACAGUGGACGGACCUCAUCCCCUGGGCAAGGCAGCACUGCAGCACGGCGUGAUUGCGGGUAGAAGAGGCUUCGGCAGCAUCUUCGUGGUUGCCAGUGGCAAUGGAGGUCAAUACAACGACAACUGCAACUACGACGGCUAUGCUAACUCCAUCUACACCAUCACAAUCGGAGCAGUCGAUGAGAACGGCAGGAUGCCCUUCUAUGCUGAGGAGUGUGCGGCAAUGCUGGCUGUUACUUUUAGCAGCGGGGUUAACAAGCUGAGGAGCAUUGUGACGUCCGACUGGUCCAUGCAACAGGGGACGGGCUGCACCGAAGGCCACACCGGCACGUCUGCCGCCGCCCCGCUUGCGGCGGGGAUGGUGGCCCUCAUGCUGCAGGUCCGACCCUGCCUCACUUGGAGGGACGUCCAGCACAUCAUCACUUUCACCGCCACCAAGUGUGACAACAGUGCAGACUGGAGGGUGAACGGCGCUGGUUUCCAUCACAGCCAACAGCACGGCUUCGGUCUGCUCAACGCGUGGAGACUCGUCAAUGCUGCCAAUGUGUGGGAGUCGGUGCCAUUCCUCGUGUCCUUUCAGAGCUCUGUAACCAAAGAGGAAGCGGUCAUCCCCAAGUAUCCAGAGGAGCUGAUUCGUACCUGGAAAGUCUCUGCUGCCGACCUGAGACAGUCCGGAAUGGAGACGCUGGAACACGUGGCCAUCACCGUGACGAUAACCCACCCUUGCCGCGGCAACGUGGAGAUUGUGUUGGUCUGCCCCAGCGGUAUGACGUCAGACAUCGGGGCACGCCGUGCAAUUGACAGAGACCCUGCAGGUUACCAGGACUGGACUUUCUCCACUGUGCGCUGUUGGGGGGAGAGAGCAGAAGGCCAGUACACCCUCAAGAUAUCUGACCACCCAGAGCCGUCGUCUCUGCAGUACGCCGGCGUGGGCCUGUUGAAGCUUUGCAAGUUGACCCUGUACGGCUCCUCUAUGAGCUUCAGUGAGGUCAAGGACAGACAGAAGCUGGUGGAGGAGGCCAUGAGUGGCGAGUUUCUAGACGGCAGCUUCUCUCUGCCCUGCCCUCCAGGCCUGGACAUCCCUCCAGAGAUCGUCAGCCCCUUCACCUCCAACAACCUCAGGUUCCUCCUGUUGCUGGGCUGCUUUGCGCUCUUUUGGUCCCUCUACUACACGCUGGAGGUCUCGCUGGCCCACCUGGAUCUCAGGGGCCUUCUUUGCCUGCGCAAGAGGCGGGGAGGUCACCGGGCCAGGAGGGGGCGCCAGGGAAGAGGAGUAGAGGAUGCAGGGGAGGAGGAAGAGGAAGUGGACUCUGGGGGGGAGUUGCAUGCAGUGCUGGACUCCAAGGCCAAUGCACCGCUUUCCAACGGAGAGCGUCUGUUGACGUAGCACUGAGCAAGACGUUGAGUCUAAAACCUCUCACUGUCUGUGCCCAUGGGGUGUCUCAGGCUUUGAUUCUGUCUCCCCUUCUGUAUGGCUCCUGUCAACAGUUACCGUGGUGAUGGGGCGUCACAGAAUGGACUGACGAUAAACUUGACCUGUCUUUCUCUGCAUUCCCCAAAUGUGGCCUAUGAAAAUCUGUUUGUACUGUGACUGUGUGUGCGGGUGUGUGUCUGUGAUGGUUUUGUAAGAUUUGUUCCUUGGACAAAUGUCCUGGCAAGGACACAAAAAUAAGUGAGGAUAUUUUGCCAGUCCUCAAGUAAAAAAAACAAACAAUCCUGUCAAUUGGAGUAAAGGGCUGACACAAAGUGGAGAUGGACCUAAUGAUAUGUAUCGACAGCAUCACUGCAUGUUUGCAUGUGUUAAAGUGUGAAUACUGGUUGCACCCACUGAAGAACUGAGCCUACAGGUCGACGGGACGCCCCUGAGGGGUCUUCAAAUCAAGAUGAAGAGAAAAACAUGAUGUGCACUAUGGAAAGGUACAAAUCUGCUGUGUGUGUGUCUGUGUGUGUGUGUGUGUGUCUGUGUGUGUGUGUGUGUGUGUGUGUGUGUGUGUGUGUGAGAGAGAGAGAGAGGAUUGAGGUAAUGUGUGCUGAGACUUGAGUGGGUUUGCUUCUAAUAUGCAAAGUCUUCCAUGGAAGAGUUUCCUUAAAUGUAAGGUUUUAAGAGGUUUCUGUAUUUUAAAAAUAGGAUUUAUUUUCUGAGGUGUUUUUUUUCUUGUUUUUUUUAAAUCGGGUUAUCUGAGGGUUAUCAUCCAACUACUGAAAAAACUUGAAGUGGUAUUUUCAAUUUUGGAAUGUAUUUUUUUUUAGAAAUUGUAAUAUAUAUACACAAUGUGUGCCUGCUAUACAGAUAUAUACCAACUAUGUUUAAUGAUUUGUACAAAGUGUUUUUUAAGAAUAUUAAAGAGUUUAAUUUUUUAUUGUAAGGGAAUGUUUGGAGUGAGUUGGCAACUGUGUUUUGCUGUGCAAGUCACAGGUGAUAUGAAUGAUAAUAAAAUACUUGAUGGAA